CCCAUGCACUCCAUAAUAUUUUAAUAAAUCACCAUCAAUCCUUGUGAAUACUCAAUACCAUUAUUAAUAACAACCUAUCAAUCAAUUUGUGUACUAGUUCUAUUUAAUUCUCAGACGCCAUGGCAGCUCAGCCAAAGAAGAUCAUCAUUGAUACUGACCCUGGUAUUGAUGAUGCCAUGGCAAUUUUUGUGGCAUUACAGUCACCGGAGGUGGAGGUGAUUGGACUUACGACUAUAUAUGGGAAUGUUUAUACAACCCUGGCCACAACAAAUGCGUUGCAUUUGCUUGAAGUUGCAGGAAGGACUGAUAUCCCAGUGGCUGAAGGAUCUCAUGUCUCAAUCACUAAUAACAAAAAACUGCGCAUUGCUGAUUUCGUCCAUGGUAAAGAUGGACUUGGCAACCAAAAUUUCCCUCCACCAAAAGGAAAGCCAAUUGAACAGUCAGCAGCUAAAUUUCUCAUUGAGCAAGCAAAACUUUAUCCAGGAAAAGUCACGGUUGUGGCACUAGGCCCACUUACAAAUAUUGCACUGGCUAUCCAACAAGAUCCUGCAUUUUCAAAGAACAUUGGGCAGAUUGUUCUUCUUGGUGGUGCUUUUUUGGUAAAUGGGAAUGUGAAUCCUGCAUCAGAAGCCAAUAUUUUUGGUGAUCCAGAUGCUGCAGAUAUUGUAUUCACAAGUGGAGCAGAUGUAGUGGCUGUGGGCAUAAAUGUUACUCAUCAAGUUGUCUUCACAGAUGCUGAUAGAGAGAAGUUGUCAAGGUCAGAUGGAAAAUUUGCUCAGUACUUGUGCAAAAUCUUAGAUGUGUAUUUUUCAUAUCACCACGAUGCAUACAACAUUAAAGGAGUUUAUCUUCAUGAUCCAGCAACCAUUCUUGCAGCUGUUGAUCCUUCACUUAUGACUUACACAGAGGGUGUGGUUAGAGUCCAGACAAGUGGCAUCACUAAAGGACUAACAAUAUUAUACAACAAACAGAAGAGGUUUGGUGAAGUCACUGAAUGGACUGAUAAACCCACAGUGAAGGUUGCAGUCACUGCUGAUGCUCCCGCUCUAGUCAAAUUGGUCAUGGAACGCCUUAUGGACUCCUGAAGUUGUGGUUAGAAUUAGCGGUUCUCAAAGAUGUUCAUAGCUGUUGUGAUGCAAAUACUAGCCUAUGAUUUCAAUUCAGAUAUAUCCUACAUAACAAUGGUCGAGCACUUGAUGUUUUUCUGUUAUUGUACUUCGUAUAGGGGAAUCUGAUUUGGUCACUGCCUCAGUCUUGAUGCUGUAUGGUACUACAGAAUUAACAAGAUUGUAAUUUUCUUUUUCUUGAAUAAAUAAACUCCUUCUGGUGUAACUAGUAACAACUAUUGAAAUCCAAUAAAUAUUUUCUGGGAAA